GAAGACAUCACACCCGGAAGUAAAGCGGCUCCGCGACGGAGCAGCGGUGCGCGCGGUAGGGACCGGAAUAUCCCGCUUUCUUUGGAGGAAACCACCGCAUCAGAUCUGCUCUGCGGCCUUUUCUCCAGUGAGGAGUGAACAGUGGGCACCUGAGACCCUGGCCCACGCUACUGUGCUUUCAGGCUACAGCCACUGGCACGGCUGACCAUGGCCCUUUCUGCGGAGACCGAGUCGCACAUCUAUCGAGCUCUGCGCACUGCUUCUGGGGCUGCCGCCCACCUUGUGGCCCUGGGCUUUACCAUCUUUGUGGCUGUGCUUGCCAGGCCUGGCUCCAGAUCGGUAUGGCUGCUUUCUUCUUGCCUCAGCCCCAUGAGGCCUCCUCUUCUCGUUCCAGGCCUGUUCUCCUGGCACCCGGUACUUAUGUCUCUGGCUUUCUCCUUCCUGAUGACCGAGGCACUACUGGUGUUCUCUCCUGAGAGUUCGUUGCUGCGCUCCCUCUCACGGAAGGGCCGAGCACGCUGCCACUGGGUACUGCAGCUGCUGGCUCUGUUGUGUGCACUGCUGGGCCUCAGCCUUGUCAUCCUCCACAAAGAACAGCUUGGCAAAGCCCACCUGGCCACACGGCAUGGUCAGGCAGGGCUGCUGGCUGUACUGUGGGCAGGGCUGCAGUGCUCAGGUGGGGUGGGGCUGCUCUAUCCCAAGCUGCUGCCCCGAUGGCCCCUGGCGAAGCUCAAGCUAUACCAUGCUACUUCUGGGCUGGUGGGCUACCUGCUGGGUAGUGCCAGCCUCUUGUUGGGCAUGUGCUCACUCUGGUUCACUGCCUCUGUCACUGGUGCAGCCUGGUAUCUAGCUGUACUAUGCCCUGUCCUCACCAGCUUGGUCAUUAUGAACCAGGUAAGCAAUGCCUACUUAUACCGCAAGAGGAUCCAACCAUGAGCUCUUCCCAGCCUAGGGGAAGCCUGGAUUUGUCCCUCCAUGUAGGAGCUGGGACUAGGUACUUCUUGAACUCUCUCAGCUGACUGAGUCAGGGGGACACCUCAGGCACUGGGACAGUUGGGCAGUUGGAGGCCCGUGUGUGAAUUCCUGCUCCUCAUGUUGGAGUGCCUCCCAUUUCCUUCCCCUCUCUUCAUCAUCCCAGAGGAACAUAGGUAUCGUGUGUCUGGAUGAAGCUGGGGCUGCAGGACUGCCUCCCCUGCAAGGCAGCUCAUACUUGUACUAUAUGUCCAGAAAUUUCAGGAGAGGAAAAAGUAAAAAAU